GUGAUUCCGGAGGACCUCUCGUUCUUUCUCAAGGCGUUGAUGGGGACAAAUGUGACGGCAGGCCUGAAAAUGAUGUCAUAGUCGGGAUAAUUUCUCUCGGGAACAGCUGCACACAGAUCGACACCGGGGCUGCUUACACCAGUAUCAGCGCGUUCUAUCCCUGGAUCGAGGAAGUGACAUCAAGAAGCUGUCCAGGAGAUGUUUACCCAGUCCAGGUGGAAACAACACAACAGAAAGUCACAUGCGCUUCAGGAGGAGGCACAUUCAGGGAGGCACAAAUACGAAAAAUUCAUCCAACGAUCAUCGCGCAGAUUAUCACGAAGAUCGCUGGAAUCUUGUUCUUUCUGGGAGCUCUUGGAACAUAUCUUUCCGGCAAGAUCUGUUUCUGGACGAAAAAGACGUACACG